CCGUUGAAAAGCUAAGGUAAAUUAAAAGGAACAAGAUUCCACCCAAAUUUAAAGCUUUAUCAUCAUGCCUGGGCGAGAUAAGUUUACUUAAGGUUUUUGUAUGGAUCUCUCUUGAAAUUGAAAGUCUAUCUGUCCGACAUUUCACUUCAUAUUGGUGGAAAACAGUGUUCUACUAUGUCCCAGAGGGCCAUGGAUGUGGAACUGGAAGAAAGAUAUGGACCCCUGAUUCGGGUACCACUGUUGCUGGUCUUGGACGCCCUGUGCUCCGGGCGGUUAAAUCUCUUCAGAUACGUUGUUGACGAUGAUGCUGGGUACUCGGAUUCUGUACUUUCUACUGUUGUCCAUUUAGCCGCUCUGCUGAUUUGUGGGAUGAUGUUCUUUCUAACAGCAUCAACCCUGAAGAUUUGUUAUACAUUGAUGGUUUUCAUGGCAGCACUGAAGACAUCUCAGUGGUGGAAUGGUAUCUUCCUCCAGAAACUUGGGAUGGAGAACGUCACCAUGCUACACUCCAACCAGACUGUCAUCUCAUCCUUUGGAGAUGAGUGGAAGGUGAGCACAUUAGACAUCAUGUCCAGUGAUGAAUUCCUCUUCUAUCUCUGCAUCCAGCUCAUGUACAGCUUUGUCGUCACCAAGACACCAAUGCUUCAUUCUUUAAGGAACGCACAAUCUGAUGCUCCUGUACUUCCAGUGUGGUUCUGCCUUGUCUCUCCCGUGUUCCUCUACCUGUUCUUGAAUACCUUUCCAGUACUCUCACCAGAUUCAGCAACCCUUCUUGUCCAAACCUUCUAUGGACUCUGCCCGAUCUUACCUAUCCUGCUACUUGACAUGGUGUGGAGUUUUUUUUACUUUGUGCAUUACUAUUUAAAAAAUAUUCGUGCCAUUGCAAGGGCAUUCCAAAGCAUUUAUAUGGAAUUUGGAAUUCAGGUGAUGGUGGAAAAUCAGUGGAUGAAGUUACAAGUGCCAACAGUACUAAGACUAUUUUGGCUAACAAGAUUUGGGCUUCAUGUAGGCAGAUUAGUUCUCCAGUAUCACUAUAGUCCCAUGAGUGCUAGCCCAUCUGAGGAUGUUCCCAACAAUAGAACAGUAUUAUCUGCAGCCUUGUCAGAACUUGCUACUGAAAGUUGCAGUACUAUGAUUGCAGUGUUAGGGCUCAGUGCAACAUUGUCACCUAUAGCAAAUGGAAUUGGACAUUUGACUCGGUUAUUUCUAGGUGGGGACCGUGAUGGAGGAGAGAACAUUGGUACUCUUGCCUCAGUUUUGUUCUUCAUCCUCGCUUUACAAACUGGUUUGCCUGACCUCUCACCCGAGAACAGACUCAUAAGGCUCGGAAGGAACAUGGGCUUGUUGAGUACUGCUAUCCUUCACUUUAUACACACUAUGCUCCAUGGGACAAUGAUGCAGCUAUCAACAUCACACAUCGUUCAUCGUGAGAAGCAUGCCAGAGCUCUAACUAUGGUGGCAUUGCUUACUGUACUUCCAAUCUGGUUUAUUUUCUACCUAUGGACAUCCAACCCAAUUGGAACGUGGAUGCUCGCACUUACCGCUUUCUGCUUGGAGCUUAUUGUGAAGGUCAUUGUAACACUCAUUGUCUACAUCCUCUUCUUCAUCGACACUCAGGGCGACACCUUCUGGGAACAACUGGAUGAUUAUGUCUACUAUGUCAAAGCAACGGGUAGCACUAUCGAGUUCAUCUCCGGCAUUUUUCUCUUUGUGAAUGGAGCUUGGAUAUUUGUAUUUGAAUCUCGUGGAAUCAUAAGAGCCUUCAUGAUCUGCAUCCAUGCCUAUUUCAAUAUCUUCCAGCUGGGAAAAGAUGGAUGGAAGAAAUUUAAGAACAGACGUCUGGCCGUGCAGAAGAUAAAAUCCAUGGAGCAGGCUAGUGCAGAUAUGCUUGCUAGCCACAAUGAUGUUUGUGCGAUAUGCUAUCAAGAACUCAUUAGCGCAUGUAUUACUCCUUGCCAACACCUCUUCCAUCCCACAUGUCUUAGAAAAUGGCUUUAUGUUCAAGACUACUGCCCUCUAUGUCAUAAAGAAAUCACAGGAGAUUCAGAUGGUACAAACCCAGCUGAAGAAGAAGGAAAUGUAGCUCGAGGUGAUUAGUGUUACCUCUGGCAUUUUAUCUAUGUAUGUUCAAAGGAAUAUGGUACACCGCUUUUGUUGUAUGCUUUUUUUAUGACAUUAUUGGGGUGGGUGUGAUAUUUUUUUCCAUUCAUCAGAGUUUAAUUGAAACAUUCUUUGUAAACAUGUCCCUAGAUAAAAGUGAUCAAACCAUUACUAAUAAUAUUCAACCGUAGCUGAUAGGAAUCAAAUUGAUGGAGAAUCAGUGUGUUUUAGCCACAAAGAAAAGGACCACCUGUCUUGUGUACCGGUAAAUUGCAAGAAACUGUAUAAAACUCCCAGCUUUUCACAAACGAAGUUGCGAUAACAAAUUAGCUUGCAUAUAGCCAAAACAUUGCUGGCCAUACUAGCUAGCAUACAUGUAGAAGCAUUUUGUACAGCUCUUCAGGCCAUUGUCAAGAUUAAAUGUCACAGAAACCAUGCAAUAGUGGCAGUGCAAUGCUAGUAAACUAGUACAUGUAGCUAGUGAGUGGUUAAGAGUACGGUACGGCAAUGAAUUGAUAUAAGUCUUUCUUUAGAAUGACCGAACUUCAUAAGUUUACAUGUAUAUACUUUGAUAUUGUCAUGAAAUUUCCUAAAUUCAUGGAAAAUCUUGAAAGGACCUUCCAAUAGUCAUGUACGUACAUGUAAUCAUCAUGAUGAUCUAUAGGUACUUUAAGCUGGUACAUGUAAUAUGGACCCUAAUCAAAUGAUCUCUAAAAUUUGAACAGUCAUUCAUUUAUUAAUUUAGCUGUCAGAAAAUUUUCCUUAUGUAUGGUACUACUAGCUCUAUUGACCUGUCAUUAUUAUGAGAUGGAAUCCAUGUCCUUCUUUAUAAAACACAUAUUACACAUUGUUUUGCUUCAUAGACAUUAGAAUACAUGUAAUUACCAAUGAACACACUUGUUAUCAUCUUAACGUGUUAACAGUCCAAACAAAAGUGUGCCAAAGGUCAUUCAUACUAAAAGUGGGGGCAAGAUGGUCUAGUGGUUAUGACCUGUCUUUUAAUCUGAGGGCCAUGGUGUGUUUUUGUUAAGCAAGAUAUUUACCCACAUUGUGCCACUCUCAACCCAGAUUAGGUGAAUGGAUAAUUAUUAGAAAGAAAUUCCUGUAAUGCUUGUGAGCACCUUUCUAGGCAGUGCAUCUAAAGCCAGGGUAAUAACAGCAGUGCUUUGUAUCCUCAGGCAAA